AUACGUUGGUGCACAGUUGAAACCAUGGAGUCCAUGCUGAAUAAAUUGAAGAGUACCGUUACAAAGGUAACGGCUGAUGUCACCAGUGCGGUCAUGGGAAACCCUGUUACCAGGGAAUUUGAUGUGGGCCGUCAUAUUGCCAGUGGAGGUAAUGGUCUUGCAUGGAAGAUAUUUAAUGGAACUAAAAAAUCAACAAAACAGGAAGUGGCUGUUUUUGUCUUUGAUAAGAAGCUAAUAGACAAGUAUCAAAAAUUUGAAAAAGAUCAGAUUAUUGAGUCUUUAAAACGAGGUGUUCAACAGCUGACCAGGCUUCGACACCCUCGACUACUUACUGUUCAACAUCCAUUGGAAGAAUCUAGGGAUUGCUUGGCAUUUUGUACAGAACCAGUCUGUGCAAGUUUAGCUAAUGUUCUUGGCAACUGGGACAACCUACCUUCUCCUUUACCAUCUGAUAUUAAAGAAUACAAACUUUAUGAUGUGGAGACCAAAUAUGGUUUGCUUCAGGUUUCUGAAGGCUUGUCAUUUUUGCACAGUAGUGUGAAAAUGGUCCAUGGAAAUAUUACUCCUGAAAAUAUAAUUUUGAAUAAGAGUGGAGCAUGGAAAAUUAUGGGCUUUGAUUUUUGCAUCCAAUCAACAAAUCCAUCUGAACAGGAGCCAAAGUUCCCUUGUAAGGAAUGGGAUCCAAAUUUGCCAUCCUUGUGUCUUCCAAAUCCUGAGUAUCUGGCACCAGAAUAUAUUCUGUCUGUGAGCUGUGAGACAGCCAGUGAUAUGUACUCUCUAGGAGCUGUUAUGUAUGCAGUGUUUAAUAAAGGGAAACCAAUUUUUGAGGUCAACAAGCAAGAUAUUUAUAAAAGCUUUAGUAGACAGCUGGAUCAGCUGAGCCGUUUAAGCUCCACUACUCUUCAGAAUAUACCAGAGGAGGUGCGUGAACAUGUAAAGCUACUCUUAAAUGUAGCUCCAGCAGUCAGACCAGACGCAGAUCAAAUGACUAAGAUACCAUUCUUCGAUGAUGUAGGAGCAAUGACACUUCAAUAUUUUGAUUCAUUAUUUCAAAGGGAUAACCUGCAGAAAUCACAGUUUUUUAAAGGACUACCAAAGGUUCUGCCAAAACUACCCAAGCGUGUUAUAAUUCAGCGAAUUUUGCCUUGCUUGACUUCUGAAUUUGUGAAUCCUGAUAUGGUACCCUUCGUCUUGCCUAAUGUUCUCUUAAUUGCUGAGGAAUGUACCAAAGAGGAGUAUGUCAGGCUUAUACUGCCUGAUCUUGGUCCUGUUUUUAAGCAGCAAGAACCAAUCCAGGCAAGCAACAUGAUAUUGUUAAUCUUCCUGCAAAAAAUGGAUUUACUUCUAACCAAAACUCCACCAGAUGAAAUAAAGAACAGCGUUCUACCAAUGGUUUAUAGAGCUUUGGAAGCACCUUCAAUUCAGAUCCAGGAGCUUUGCCUAAACAUAAUUCCCACGUUUGCCAAUUUAAUAGAUUACCCAUCAAUGAAAAAUUCAUUAAUUCCAAGAAUUAAAAAUGCAUGUUUGCAGACUUCUUCUCUUGCUGUCCGGGUAAACUCACUAGUGUGCUUAGGCAAGAUUUUGGAGUACUUGGAUAAAUGGUUUGUACUUGAUGAUAUUUUACCUUUUCUACAACAAAUUCCAUCAAAGGAACCUGCAGUGCUCAUGGGAAUUCUAGGUAUUUACAAAUGUACAUUUACUCACAAGAAGUUGGGAAUUACCAAAGAACAGCUUGCAGGAAAAGUAUUGCCCCAUCUGAUUCCUCUUAGUAUCGAGAACAAUCUUAAUCUCAAUCAGUUCAAUUCUUUUAUUUGUGUUAUAAAAGAUAUGCUUAACAGAUUGGAGGCAGAACAUAAAACAAAACUGGAACAACUUCAUGUCAUGCAAGAGCAACAGAAAUCUUUGGAUAUAGCUAACCAAAUGAGUGUGUCUGAAGAGGCAAGAUCUAGUGGUACAAGCAAUCAGAUCGACAAGGUAUUUAAUAGUAGUGGAACUGACCUUCUAACUAGUGGAUCUGACAGUAAAGAGAAUGAGGUGUCAUCAAUACAGAAGAAGGCAUCACUUACACUGGAAGAGAAGCAAAAGUUAGCUAAAGAACAAGAACAGGCACAGAAACUGAAAAGCCAGCAACCUCUUAAGCCACAAGCAACUGCAAUAACACCUCCAGUGAAGCAGACAAAGGACUUGACAGAUACCUUGAUAGAUAACAUGUCAUCUUUGACUAGCCAUCCUAUCAACAAAGCUCAAGUUUCAUCUGCAAACAGCUUCUCUUCUGUUCCUUCUAUGGGUGUUGGAAUGGGAUUUUCAUCACCUGUUGACAACACAAAGCGAAAUAUGACAAAUGGACUAAAUCCAAAUAUGGGUUUUCAGACUGCUGGAUUCACUAUGGGAGCAGGUCUUGCCACUCCGAAUUUCUUCAGUGGUCCAAGUGCAACAGGAGCAACCAAGAUGAACAUUGUACCAACUGCCAGUAUGCCAAAUUACAGUCCUAUGAAUGCUGCAUCUGCAGUCUCUCCACUGACACAACAAAACAGACCCCCAGAUAUGUCUGCUUUAGAUAAUCUUUUUGGUCCUCAAAAACCCAAAGUUAGCAUGAAACAGUUGGCUCAACAGAAAUCAAGCCAGUGGGUUAAUCAGUUUGUACCACCACCAGGGUCCCCGAAUGCGAGCAGUUCAGUCUUGGGACCUCAGAUGAACAUGAUGGGACAGCCUGGCUUUGGUAUACAGGGUAAUCCUUUCUUUUCUCCUCAGAACUUUGCACAGCCAGCAAACACAAUGACAAACAGCAGCUCAGCUAGUAAUGACUUAAAAGAUCUUUUUGGGUAAAACGUUUUGUUUUCUUCUUUCAAAGACUGAUGAAAUUUGGAUCAUGGGUAAGCUGAUUAACAUCUUUUUUUGAUUAGUAAAAGCACGAUUUGGGGAAACUUUCAGCCCAGCAAAGUAAAGACUUCUGCACUGGAAAAAAGGCUGAUGUUGCAUUCAGCUGGUACUGCAGUGGAAUUGUGCAAGUGCAAAUCAUCUUACAUGCUAAAGAUUUCUGUCUCUUUACCGAAAAUGAGAAUGAUGAAUGUAGGAUGUAUAUAUACAACUGAAAAAGAAGUAUAUCAGAAUUGUUCAGAGGUGUACUCAAUCAACCCCUAUGAAGUUUCAUACAAAAUUUUGUUUCUUAGGCUCACCAAAAAUGCUUUGGGUAUAAUGAUUCUAGUGAAUGCAACCCUCCACAAUUAUUCGUGUUGCCUGCAUUUGGCACAAACUGUCAAUUUGCCAUAUGACAGUUUGAAAAAAGGAAAUUCUUAUGCUAGCCCAAAAAUUUCAAUAGCCAUGUUAUAUAGAAAGAGCUCUAAACAAUAACUGUGAAAGAGGCUAAGAGAGCAUAUUUUGACUUUCUUUUCUAUCUAUAUAGGAUAAUUAUAAUUAAUAUGGUGGUAAACUACAACAAGAUUCAUCAGGCAUAAGAAGUUUUAAAAUUUUGUACAAGUUUGGGACAGGGUAAGAACACUGCUUCAAAGGUCAUGCUUGUUUACAAUCUCUUUUAUAAUGCCAGAUCCUUGUUGCAAGCCCCAUAGCAAAAGCAACGUACCACUUAAGCAGGAUUUUAAAAUACAUGUGGUGACUUCAUCACAUUUAUUAUAUAUUUCAGUGUUUUGGCUUAUUGGAUACUGCUUCUAACUGAUGUGUAAAAAAGAGUAAUGGUAGAUAUGAAACCUCACAAAAUGAAUGUUCUCUGUAAAAUUCAUAUAUUGAUUGCCACAACUGUGUAGCUAAACAGUUCUGUGUAACCAAACACACAUCAUAUAGUUACACAGAAAUAUCUUGAAUUAAUCCAUUAUUUUUGGCUCAAUUGAGAAGAUGGAAAAGGAUUGCCUUGUACAAGUUGCACAUGAUUGUUGAAAAAGCAGACUGCCGUAAAUUGCCUUGACGAGAAUGAACUAUUUAAUUUUGUUUUAACUCAAGUCGUUAUGAAGGAUAGAUUGACAUAAAGUGAGUUCUCAAAUAUGGAUUUGUAAGCUCUAGAAUAUAUGGUAAAUACACAGGUAUUUCAGAUCCUUUUUAUUGUAUUGCUCUAAAGUCAAUAAAGCUCUCCAGAAAUCCAAAUAGUAGUUUCUUCUACUUCCCAGAAGGUGUAUGUUCAGCUUGCCCAUGAUGGAACGAAUCUCUGCUCUGUCAGAUACUACUGUUGAGGUUUAACUUUUUCUUUCCUAAGAAUUUCAAGAGCUUUCUUACAUAAUAUUUUGAAGACUACAGAUGGCUAUUUUGAGAAGGAAAGAACUAGUUACCUUUUUUAUGGAAAUCCUACCUGCUUUAUUUUUCAAAGCCUUUCACUGAAGAACCUGUUCAUUCAUUUGCUGCUUAAGAAACCAAAGGGCCUUAUGCUGUAAAUGUGACUUGUAUUUUAUUAUAUUUCCACAGUUCCAAGCAGUAAUAGCAUUUAAGCAUAUUUCUUAAAGAAUCAUUUAUGUAUUACAGCUGCUGCCUUAGUCCUGUUAUUUUACAACACCUGGGACCAAUGAAGUUCUGAUCUAGAAAACAAUCCCUGACACAUUGUAAUGCUUAUGUGGUGUUAGUAUUCAUGGUAAACAUUGUAGGUUAUGUUAAGAGAUCUGUGUAAAUUUAAGUACAAUGCUAGAACUGUUAAACUAUAUAAGUUCAUUUGCUGUUACUAGUGCUCUAUAUUCUCAGUCACACUAAUGUCUUCUUUUAUGUCAACUCUUGAAAGCUGCGUUUUGUUAAGAUAACUUAAAGCAAACCUUUGAAGAAUUACUUGAAUCUGUAAUUCUCUAAAUUAUUUGGAAAAUGCGUUUAUAUUAAAAGCAACAUCUCAUAGGAUUCUACAAUAUAUUAGAUUAAUACAUCUAUGGCAAAGGCAGUCUUAAAUGUCAGUCUCUAGAUCUAGGGUUUCAGUCACUGAGCUCCCUGGACUGUGGGCUUUUCAGAACUGGAUUUUAAUUUAACUUUUUUGAGGGGAUAUUAACUGAAAAUAUUUGGUAAGAUUUCAUAUAGUAGACCUAAACUGUGGGCUUGGGGUAUGUGCUUUUGGCGUGGACUACACAAGAACAUAAUCUAUUUUGUAAGAAUAAAGUAAAAAAAAUCCUACAAGUUCAAAUUAAAGAGGCUCUUGUAUGAAGUGGUAGUACAAUGGAAUAAGGUCUUUAUCUGUCUCAAGCAAUAGGUUUUUUUCCAUUUAUAUUUGAAACAUAAUUUCGAUUUCUUGUUUGCUGCAAUCUUCAGAAUGAGCAAAACAGAAUAGCAACAACAAAGAAAACGGAAAAGGGUGCUUUAUGAAAGUCAUAACAAAAUCUUCUUUAAAAAUAAAAGGUAACUAGUUAAAAUGAGAGAGUCAAAUCCCUCUCUCAUGUAGAUGCUUCCUGUUCAGUUUGUCAGGAAACUGUGUGUAUGUGAGGUUCUCUAAUUAUUUCUUCUUUAUGUAGAGGAAAGAGGACUUGCAAGAGGUAAGUCACUGCAGCUGUGUAGUAGCAGCAGUACUGUACUGCUACAGUAGUUUUUAGGAAGCCUUGUCCAGAUAAUCUCUCCACUUGCAAGUGAUUGUCCUGAGGCCCUGCAAGAGGCUGGAAGACUCAUAUUGUGUCCAGAGGGAAUACCGUUGUUUGAGAGCAGCAGUUAUACUUCACAUCCAAGUUGUUGUUUUGGAAAGAGUGUGGAUAUUCCAGGAGCCUUCUGUGUCUGGACUUGGAUGGAAAGCAGUGUUACAUCUAGCUUGGCCGGAAGCAGAGGGUCUGCCUAGCCCUAAUGUAAAAUAAAAUGGAGAACACAGGUUUGAAAUAGGUAUCUGAUUAAGAAAUUACAAAUGCUGUUACUGAAAUAGUAACCUGAUAAAAAAAAAAGUUCUUUUUUACAAUGCCUUGAACAAGACUGUAAAGUACACUAAGUUUCUGCCCUUUUUAGUCAACCUAAUUUGAAGGAAAAAAUGUGGAAGCCCAGCAAGUUAUGAGCAUGUCUUUAUUCUACUGUGGAAAUUAGAGCAUAGUCUGGGCUGAAGUGCCCAGCCCAGAUAGUUUACUUUACAUUAAUUUUAAAGGGGAGGUAAAUAGAAGGGAGUAAGUUCCUAUACUUUAAUUGAUUUAUCUAUAUUGUAUUCACCACAAAAGGAGAAAAGAAGUGAAAACAACUGCACAUCUUACGUAUGUGCAUCAGUUGUGCUUUAGCUGCUCUAGUGUAUGCUAAAUGAACAUGACUGCACCAAGACAGCAGUGUUUGCUGUAUUAGAACUGUUGGUUCCAUUUGGUUUUAAGUAUGAAAGUCUCUGAAGUACCCUCUGAAAACUCAGAAAGCAAACUAUUUUACUAGAGGGAAAGAUUGUAUUAAAGAAGCUUGAAAAACCUUCUCUGCUUGGGCUGGUGGAGAGGAAUGUUAAAACUACUGAGUUACAGAUUAAUUUAUAAGCCCCUAGUUCUGACUGUUUCAGGAGGUGUAAUUUCAAGGAUGGAGGAGGGAGCAGAUUUUCUGUUCCUUUUCAUCAUGCAGGUGCUGUGAAUAAGGCACAGAACAGCCCAUGGAACCUGCUCAUGCAGGAAGACAGCAGUACCAGAGUCUUUUGAAAGGUAAAAGAGUCCACCAAUUAUUUGGGAGAUGUGGAGAAAAAUUUUUUUACUGGGAACAUGGGUAGUAUGCCCUAGUUUGUUUUAAUGAAGAUACUGUGAUCUCCUCUCUAUGAGUAAGAAGUGUUGUGGGGUAGUUGUAGCCUACACAGGUGCUGAGGAGAAGGCUGGAUUUUUGGAUGUGUAGGUACACAACAUUUCAAGCCUUAUUCUUUAAAACUUUUCUGUUAAGUUUUGUCUUUUUAGCAACAACUGUUUCACAUUUACGUGGAACCUUAAUAAAUACCCUGAUGGCCUUUUAAAGUAAGGAAAACAUAUGUUAACUUUUGUAUUAUAACCCCUGUUGUAAUGUUAUUGGUGUCUGUAGAUAGACAAGUCUGUGUGUAGAUUAUAUGACUUUAGAUUUUUCAGCUCAACUGCACCAAAAAAACCCAAAAAUUAAAUGAGAAGUUAGAUUUUAAUCAAAUUCCAUAAAGCUUCCAUACAGGUUAAGAAUUACAUGAUACUUGUGUUAUCUAUUAUAAAUGUAUGUGCUUAAUCUGCCUAUGUCUAUGUGACUUAAGCAUAAAAAGAAAGUUUUUAAAACAUAAGUUUAUGAACACUGGAUCUUGCAUUGCAAUGAAGUUUUUGGACUUUAGAGUGACCUUUGUUUAUUGAUUAGGAGUUUUCUAUUGGGGAUGGGUGGGGAUGCUGAUUUGUGCCAUUUCCGAUGAGAGAAAUAUAGGGAGGGAGAAUACAGAAAAAGUACCUUGUUGUAUAUGUGACCCCUUUUUUGUUCUUUGUUAAGAGAUAUGCUGCAUUUUAUAUAUUCAUUGUGAACUUUUACUCUGAAAUAGCUGUGAGGAAACCUAUCUGGAGAAUUUCAGAUGAGUUAGCUUAUUUUCAAGUGAGGUCCUGCCUUGUACCUUACUUUCCAUUAGGUUUUGACUGCUUUGCAAGGAGGUUACACAAGGCAGUAAAACCUUGGAUUCAUACAACAAAUCCUCUUGCCUUCCAGGCCUCACACUUCUAUCAACAGGACAAAUAAGCUCUGAAGUUGUAUUAUCUUUAUGUUCUCUGAAACAGUUCUAACUACUGUACAGAUUUCUGAGAUGAAGUUGUAAAUCAAAAUAUGUUACAGUGAACUCAGGCCAUGUGCAAAAUAUUUAAUAUUUGUUUACUUGUCUAAUUGUACAAUCUCUGUAUGAGUGGCAGUUUUAUGUUUUGAUUGUAAAAUAUUAAAGUUCUCAUGAGAUUUAUAAAGUGAUGUUACUGUAGUGUCGGCUGUGAUUCAUAAAUAGAACUGUCAUAGCAUGGCAUUAGUGUAUAUCCAGUUUAUUGGACAUCUCUUCCAAAACAAAUUUAUUCUUGUAUCAACUUUUAGAUCAGUUACUUUAAAAAUAUGUAAAAGAUACGGUGGCAGUUUUGAGAAGUUCACAUCACUUUUUACUCUGAAUUAGGUUGCCUGUGGAAAUAAAUGAACUUUUCAUA